AUGUGGAACCAUGUCACAAUCUACAAAACCGUCACGAAUGUCCCUCCCACAGUCACCAUCCUUCUGGAAGAUCCAGAUGUAGUUGCGAGCAGCUGGGCCGCAGUUGACACAGCGCAAGUCAGCCAGGAGGUUGUUGAGGCCCCGGUCUCAAACAAGCCGAUCGGAACACAGACCUUUGUCGAUUCCGUUCGAGUGUCUGGCUUUGAAGCUACAGAGAUGUCCAACACCCCCGGUGCGUCGGUGUUCUACAUGUCAAAGUCUGUCACUAGCUCGAUGGAAGCGUCGAUUGUUGCAAAAGUCACAACUGUCACCGUCUCUCCACUCCAACUCUCCACAUCACAACACCAACAGGACAUCCAAGUCAAUACGACCACAAGUACUGCCGCAGAUAGCAAUGUCCACGGCGCCUUCACCAGUCCUUAUGGCGGCUGGAACGGCAGUGCUUCAGCUGGCUCUUCACUCAUUGGACCGGCCACUGCAAACAAUGGCUCGGAUCCGAUUGGCACUGGCGCUUAUCCAGGGACGCUGCCUUUCAUGUCGGGGACAGACGUGCAGGCUACACUCACACAGUCUCAAUGGACUUCUACAGUGACAGAGAUCGCCACGGUCUAUGCUACCGUGCCAGUUGAAUCAGACUACGGCUACAAUACCGCUGCUGAAGACCAUGGCACUGUCACCUCUGAUGUCGGCGACCUCCAGAAGAGACAAACUUGUGUGUGGAUCUCUGCUACUAUUGGUGGUCAAGAGGUGGGGUGGUGCAACAACUGGGCUGGUGGUUCAACAUAUACUUUCACUUCUUGGGAAACAACCACCACGCCUAGUUUCAUCCCUGGUAUCGGUACUAUGACUCAUUCAAGCACCUCGGCUGGUACUGCAGCUACAGGCGGAGUGACCAUUCAGACAUCAGUGCCUCUGUCGAGCAACCCACCACCAGCUCCGACAGCCACCAGUUGUGGUGAAGUCGGGCCCUUCCAGAUCGGAUUCGACGACCUUAUUCCAAAUACAAGCGAUGACAGCUUUCUUGGAACGCCCAUGAUCCAGAAUCCUUAUAACUUCUUGAACUGGGGUGAUGGGUGGGGAUACGUACCUCCACCGAGCGACCCUUUCCCUCCGCGGUCUGGUGAUCGCCUCGCGCAGUGGGAUCCAACCCUCAACAACACCGUGCUAGGCUCUCCGAAUGCUGGUAGCAUUCCGCCAGGGUCAAUUGGCGCGUGGUCCCGCAACAGUAAACACUACUGGUUCUCUGCCGAUUCGGCCUAUGUUGGAUGUGACAACGGAUCGAGAAAUCUGAGCGAGGUCUGCGAUUUUGUUGCCACGUCUUACCGAUGGAACAAUGCUACCCAGUCGGAGGUUGUCGUGGCCACUCAACAUUUCCACAUUCCUCCAUGCCCGGACCUCGUCAACUGUCAGCUCACUAUGAUCGAAUUCAACGACCUGUUUUACAAGAUGUCCACACUACAGUUCUAUGCCAAUGUCCAAGGCCAGCUCAGUAAGUUCUGGGUGGACAGCAUCAACAUGAACUGGUACGACAAUAGCUGUGAAGCUGGCCUGGCUCGUAUCUCGCGUCAGUUCUAG